UGUGACUACUCCUACUACGCCUACUUUGACUACUGGGGGAAAGGAACUUCAGUGACCGUGACAAGAGCAAAGCAAGAAGCCCCGAGGUCCCUAUUUCCCGUGUGGCAGUGCGGCUCGUCCCCUGAUGGUUUCGUCACUCUGGGCUGCGUCACCCGCGACUUGGCAACCGGCGAUGGACUGAGGUACGUUUGGAAGGAUGCGAGCGGCCGCGCGCUGACUGACAUUAUACAAUACCCAACGGUGAGCGCGAGCGGAAAGUACUCCUCGGUGAGUCAGGCGCGCGUCAGGGCUUCUGACUGGGACGCGAACAAGAAGUUCACCUGCGAAGUCUCUAAUUCCGUCGGAACCAAAAAGGCGGACUUGGUUAAGCCAGUUGUGAUUGUGACUCCACCCAGCAUCAGCAUCAGCACCAGCAUUAACACAGCAACCAAGAAUAUUGAUUUGAUUUGUUGGUUGGAUGGUUUUAGUCCUAAAACGAUUACUGUUGAUUGGGGAGCGGGUAAAAAAGGGACUGAGAAAAAAUUCAAAAAUGAGGAAAAAAAAGACUUUUCCAUGCUGAGCCAAAUCAGCAUAAAUGCACAACAGUGGAAUGAAGGCAAAGAGUUCACCUGCAGCGCCACACACAAGGGUAAAACCUACAGUCAAACAUGGAGCAUCUGUAAAGGCCAUCCAAAUUCUGAACCACGGAUACACCUAGAGAAACCUCCUCUGAGGUCAAUAUUGACAGAUAAACAAGUAACCGUUUCCUGUGUUGUUGAGACUGUGUUCCACCCUAAAGUGUCCUGGUUUGUAGAUGUAAAUAAAAAAUCUGACAGAGACAGUAACAGUGAGAGACAGGAUGAGUCCACUGUUAGCAACCUGACUAUUUCUGUAGAAGACUGGACAAAAUCAAGGACAAUAACCUGCAAGGCUGAACAUCCAUGUUUAAAAACAACAAUACAAGAUGUUAUCAAUACGACAGAAACUGUGCAGAAAACUCCUACAGUGGUGAUCAGACGGAGUCUUGCAGACGUAGGGAAGAGUGACAGUGCAGUGCUGGAGUGUUUUGCAAGCAGUCUGCCUUCUGGUGAACUCUCUGUCACCUUCCAGGCCAAUGAUGAGAAGUUUCCACAAAUUCAGUUUGUGAAUCUGCUAAAAGAACAGGACACAGUGACUGCACACUUCACUAUACCCACAACACAUCGCACCAAAAACUACCGUUUUACUUGUCAGAUUCAGAAAAGCCAUUCCAUGAAGUGGAAGUCCAAUUCUAUAGUAAACCUUUUUGAUGACCCUUCAGUGGAACUGUCAGCUGUAUCCAGUGCGGAUAAAUCUGCAUCAGGAAAACAAAAACUUCUUUGCUAUGGAACUGGGCUUAACCCAGAGAUCAAGUGGCUCCCUGAAUCUGUGGGGAAUUCUGAUAAUAAAGUAACAAUGAAUGCAGAUGGACGUGUGAAGGUGUCCAGUGAGCUAUCAGUCACAGAACAAGAGUGGAAACGUGGAACUAAUUUCACCUGCCAAGUCAGAGAUCAGAGUCUUACUAAAAAUAUCCCGAAGACCAUCAAUAUUUGUGAAGGUAUUGUAAUAUUAAGAGAAGUUUAUGAUCUUUAUACAAAAUGUAAAUAUUAUACACCUUCUGCACUACGGAUACAGCUGGAGAAACCUCCUCUCAAGUCAAUAUUGACAGAUAAACAAAUAACUUUGUCCUGUGUUAUUGAGACUGUGUUCCACCCGACGGUUUCCUGGCUUGUAGAUGGAAAUAAAAAAUCAGACAGUGACAGUAACAGUAAGAGACAGGAUGAGUCCACUGUUAGCAACCUGACUAUUUCUGUAGAAGACUGGACAAAAUCAGGGACAAUAACCUGCAGGGCUGAACAUCCAUGUUUUCAAACAAUACAAGAUUUUAUCAAAACGACAGAAACUGUGCAGAAAACUCCUACAGUGGUGAUCAGACGGAGUCUUGCAGACGUAGGGAAGAGUGACAGUGCAGUGCUGGAGUGUUUUGCAAGCAGUCUGCCUUCUGGUGAACUCUCUGUCACCUUCCAGGCCAAUGAUGAGAAGUUUCCACAAAUUCAGUUUGUGAAUCUGCUAAAAGAACAGGACACAGUGACUGCACACUUCACUAUACCCAAAACACAUCGCACCAAAAACUACCGUUUUACUUGUCAGAUUCAGAAAAGCCAUUCCAUGAAGUGGAAGUCCAAUUCUAUAGUAAACCUUUUUGAUGACCCUUCAGUGGAACUGUCAGCUGUAUCCAGUGCGGAUAAAUCUGCAUCAGGAAAACAAAAACUUCUUUGCUAUGGAACUGGGCUUAACCCAGAGAUCAAGUGGCUCCCUGAAUCUGUGGGGAAUUCUGAUAAUAAAGUAACAAUGAAUGCAGAUGGACGUGUGAAGGUGUCCAGUGAGCUAUCAGUCACAGAACAAGAGUGGAAACGUGGAACUAAUUUCACCUGCCAAGUCAGAGAUCAGAGUCUUACUAAAAAUAUCCCGAAGACCAUCAAUAUUUGUGAAGGCUAUCCAAAUUCUGCACUACGGAUACAGCUGGAGAAACCUCCUCUCAAGUCAAUAUUGACAGAUAAACAAAUAACUUUGUCCUGUGUUAUUGAGACUGUGUUCCACCCGACGGUUUCCUGGCUUGUAGAUGGAAAUAAAAAAUCAGACAGUGACAGUAACAGUAAGAGACAGGAUGAGUCCACUGUUAGCAACCUGACUAUUUCUGUAGAAGACUGGACAAAAUCAGGGACAAUAACCUGCAGGGCUGAACAUCCAUGUUUUCAAACAAUACAAGAUUUUAUCAAAACGACAGAAACUGUGCAGAAAACUCCUACAGUGGUGAUCAGACGGAGUCUUGCAGACGUAGGGAAGAGUGACAGUGCAGUGCUGGAGUGUUUUGCAAGCAGUCUGCCUUCUGGUGAACUCUCUGUCACCUUCCAGGCCAAUGAUAAGAAGUUUCCACAAAUUCAGUUUGUGAAUCUGCUAAAAGAACAGGACACAGUGACUGCACACUUCACUAUACCCAAAACACAUCGCACCAAUAACACCCGUUUUACUUGUCAGAUUCAGAAAAGCCAUUCCAUGAAGUGGAAGUCCAAUUCUAUAGUAAACCUUUUUGAUGACCCUUCAGUGGAACUGUCAGCUGUAUCCAGUGCGGAUAAAUCUGCAUCAGGAAAACAAAAACUUCUUUGCUAUGGAACUGGGCUUAACCCAGAGAUCAAGUGGCUCCCUGAAUCUGUGGGGAAUCCUGAUAAUGAAGUAACAAUGAAUGCAGAUGGACGUGUGAAGGUGUCCAGUGAGCUAUCAGUUACAGAACAAGAGUGGAAACGUGGAACUAAUUUCACCUGCCAAGUCAAUGACCAAAGUCGUCAGAAAACUGUCCAGAAGUUAACCAGUUUUUGUGCAGUCACUUCAGAUCACGCUCGGAGUGCACAGGUUUACCUGAUAGGUCCCUCCAUGAGUGAUAUGCCAGAGGAGGAUCCUGUUUCUGUCAUCUGUCUGCUGUUGGGCCACGGGCUUCAGGACUUCUCAGUUAGCUGCAAAGUAGGAACAGCGAACGUGUCUGCAAAUGUGAAUAAAACCGAAAACCACUUAAAUGGAACAGAGAGUGUUCAAAGGGUUAUAAGUGUUCCAGCUAAAAUGUGGAAAAAUUAUGAAAAUGUUUCCUGUGAGGUGAAACACCCCUGUUCCAAUGCACAGACAUACAUCACCUCUAAAACCAAAGCUAUGAUUGUGACUCCACCCAGCAUCAGCAUCAGCACCAGCAUUAACACAACAACGAAUGAUAUUAUUCUGAUUUGUUGGUUGGAUAACUUUCAUACUAAAGUGAUUAAUAUUAAUUGGGAAGCGGGUAAGAAAGGAACUUCAAAAAAAUUUAACAAUGAGGGGAACAAUGAGUUUUCCAUGCUAAGCCAAAUCAGCAUUAAUGCACAACAGUGGAAUGAAGGCAAAGAGUUCACCUGCAGCGCCACACACAAGGAUAAAACCUACAAUCAAACAUGGAGCAUCUGUAAAGGCCAUCCAAAUUCUGAACCACGGAUACACCUAGAGAAACCUCCUCUCAGGUCAAUAUUGACAGAUAAACAAGUAACAGUUUCCUGUGUUGUUGAGACUGUGUUCCACCCUAAAGUGUCCUGGCUUGUAGAUGGAAAUAAAAAAUCAGACAGAGACAGUAACAGUAAGAGACAGGAUGAGUCCACUGUUAGCAACCUGACUAUUUCUGUAGAAGACUGGACAAAAUCAGGGACAAUAACCUGCAGGGCUGAACAUCCAUGUUUUCAAACAAUACAAGAUUUUAUCAAAACGACAGAAACUGUGCAGAAAACUCCUACAGUGGUGAUCAGACGGAGUCUUGCAGACGUAGGGAAGAGUGACAGUGCAGUGCUGGAGUGUUUUGCAAGCAGUCUGCCUUCUGGUGAACUCUCUAUCACCUUCCAGGCCAAUGAUGAGAAGUUUCCACAAAUUCAGUUUGUGAAUCUGCUAAAAGAACAGGACACAGUGACUGCACACUUCACUAUACCCACAACACAUCGCACCAAAAACUACCGUUUUACUUGUCAGAUUCAGAAAAGCCAUUCCAUGAAGUGGAAGUCCAAUUCUAUAGUAAACCUUUUUGAUGACCCUUCAGUGGAACUGUCAGCUGUAUCCAGUGCAGAUAAAUCUGCAUCAGGAAAACAAAAACUUCUUUGCUAUGGAACUGGGCUUAACCCAGAGAUCAAGUGGCUCCCUGAAUCUGUGGGGAAUUCUGAUAAUGAAGUAACAAUGAAUGCAGAUGGACGUGUGAAGGUGUCCAGUGAGCUAUCAGUUACAGAACAAGAGUGGAAACGUGGAACUAUAUUCACCUGCCAAGUCAGAGAUCAGAGUCUUACGAAAAAUAUCCCGAAGACCAUCAAUAUUUGUGAAGGCCAUCCAAAUUCUGCACUACGGAUACAUCUGGAGAAACCUCCUCUCAAGUCAAUAUUGACAGAUAAACAAAUAACUUUGUCCUGUGUUAUUGAGACUGUGUUCCACCCGACGGUUUCCUGGCUUGUAGAUGGAAAUAAAAAAUCCGACAGCGACAGUAACAGUAAGAGACAGGAUGAGUCCACUGUUAGCAACCUGACUAUUUCUGUAGAAGACUGGACAAAAUCAAGGACAAUAACCUGCAGGGCUGAACAUCCAUGUUUUCAAACAAUAGAAGAUUUUAUCAAUACGACAGAAACUGUGCAGAAAACUCCUACAGUGGUGAUCAGACGGAGUCUUGCAGACGUAGGGAAGAGUGACAGUGCAGUGCUGGAGUGUUUUGCAAGCAGUCUGCCUUCUGGUGAACUCUCUGUCACCUUCCAGGCCAAUGAUGAGAAGUUUCCACAAAUUCAGUUUGUGAAUCUGCUAAAAGAACAGGACACAGUGACUGCACACUUCACUAUACCCACAACACAUCGCACCAAAAACUACCGUUUUACUUGUCAGAUUCAGAAAAGCCAUUCCAUGAAGUGGAAGUCCAAUUCUAUAGUAAACCUUUUUGAUGACCCUUCAGUGGAACUGUCAGCUGUAUCCAGUGCGGAUAAAUCUGCAUCAAGAAAACAAAAACUUCUUUGCUAUGGAACUGGGCUUAACCCAGCGAUCAAGUGGCUCCCUGAAUCUGUGGGGAAUUCUGAUAAUGAAGUAACAAUGAAUGCAGAUGGACGUGUGAAGGUGUCCAGUGAGCUAUCAGUUACAGAACAAGAGUGGAAACGUGGAACUACAUUCACCUGCCAAGUCAGAGAUCAGAGUCUUACGAAAAAUAUCCCGAAGACCAUCAAUAUUUGUGAAGGCCAUCCAAAUUCUGCACUACGGAUACAGCUGGAGAAACCUUCUCUCAAGUCAAUAUUGACAGAUAAACAAAUAACUUUGUCCUGUGUUAUUGAGACUGUGUUCCACCCGACGGUUUCCUGGCUUGUAGAUGGAAAUAAAAAAUCAGGCAGUGACAGUAACAGUAAGAGACAGGAUGAGUCCACUGUUAGCAACCUGACUAUUUCUGUAGAAGACUGGACAAAAUCAGGGACAAUAACCUGCAGGGCUGAACAUCCAUGUUUUCAAACAAUAGAAGAUUUUAUCAAUACGACAGCAACUGUGCAGAAAACUCCUACAGUGGUGAUCAGACGGAGUCUUGCAGACGUAGGGAAGAGUGACAGUGCAGUGCUGGAGUGUUUUGCAAGCAGUCUGCCUUCUGGUGAACUCUCUGUCACCUUCCAGGCCAAUGAUCAGAAGUUUCCACAAAUUCAGUUUGUGAAUCUGCUAAAAGAACAGGACACAGUGACUGCACGCUUCACUAUACCCACAACACAUCGCACCAAUAACACCCGUUUUACUUGUCAGAUUCAGAAAAGCCAUUCCAUGAAGUGGAAGUCCAAUUCUAUAGUAAACCUUUUUGAUGACCCUUCAGUGAAACUAUCUGUUAUAUCCAAUGAAGACAAUUCUACAUCAAUGAUCCAAAAACUUCUUUGCUCUGCAACUGGACUUAACCCAAAGAUCAAGUGGCUCCCUGAAUCUGUAGAGAAUAAUGAUAGGGAAGUAACAAUGAAUGCAGAUGGACGUAUGAAAGUGUCCAGUGAGCUUUCAGUUCCAGAAGAAGAGUGGAAACGUGGAACUACAUUCACCUGCCAAGUCACUGAUGAGGGUCAUUCCAAAACUAUCCAGAACAGGACCAGUUUUUGUGCAGUCACUCCAGAUCAUGCUCGAAGUGCACAGGUUUACCUUUUGGGUCCCUCCAUCAGUAAUAUGCUAGGGGAGGAUCCUGUCUCUGUCACAUGUCUGCUGUUGGGCCACAGACUCCAGGAAUUCUCAGUUAAUUGCAAAGUAGGAACAGAGAAUUUGUCUUCAAAUGUGACCAAAACUGAAAACCACAGCAAUGGAACAGAGAGUGUUCAAAGGGUUUUAAGGGUUCCAGCACAAAGGUGGAACAAGCAUGAAAACAUUUCCUGUGAGCUGAAACACCCCUGUUCUAAUGUACAGACAUACACUGUCUUUAAAAUCAAAGACCCCAAAUGUCCCAUCAUCCGAAUUCGAGGUCCCAGUGAUGAUGAGCUGUCAGGAUCUCACAACACAGAUAUUCUCUGCUUGAUUGACGGCUUCCUCCCUGCUGAUAUCUCUGUUCACUGGGAGCUGAACGGCACCCGGCUGGACACGUCUCUUUUCACCAACAGUCCGGCUCAGUUUGUGUCAGGCAGUUAUUCCAUGCACAGUGCACUGAUAUUAUCACCAUUAAAAAGAGAGGAUGGCACUUUUUCCUGUGUGGUCAGGCAUGAAUCAUCUGAAAAACUAAUCAUCAGCAACAUAAGUAACAUAUACGCUUCUAUAAAUCCAAAUCCUCCCUCUGUGAAGCUGCUGCAGGGACAAGAUAAGCUGAUUUGUCUGGUCUAUGGUUACAGCCCAUCAGCCAUUAACAUUACCUGGCUCCAUAAUAAUGAGGCUGUACAACAUAAUGGUACCGGCAGCUCUGCCAAGGGGCCUGAUGGAAAAUUUAUCAUUAAAAGCCACCUGAAUGUCAAGGCCUCUGAAUGGGAACCUGGAGCCUCAUACACAUGCCUUGUCGAGCAUUUCACUGGCCAAGUCAUUCGCUCAAUAUCCAAAGCAGAAUUUAUUGAAAAGGCAAUAUACUUUAAUGACAACGAAUCAGGCAUUAAUGCAGUGGAUCAAGCUGAAGAAACCUGGAAUAUGGCCUGUGCCUUUGUCAUACUCUUCAUCAUCUCUCUCAUCUAUGGAUGUUCAGUUACUCUGGUCAAAGUGAAGACGCUUCAAAAAGUCUAGUCAAAGCUUGAUCAGCUGUUUAUGGCAAAGUUUAGAUUUAUGUAAUGCUUUACUGCUAUAUUUGUUUAAAUGAGAAAAAAAAUAUUAAUGACUACUUUUAAGUUGAUAAAUGCAAGCUAGUUAAAAGAAUAAAGAA